AUGGUUGCAUUAUUCCUCACCUGUCUUUGUUUAAGUUUCUUCUCUAUUUUUGGAUUUGUCUAUCGACAGGAAACUAUAAUAGCAAACCAUACUUACACAACAGUUCUAGAACAACCAUGGUUUCGGGUUCCCCAUCAUGAUCAUCGCAGGGUAGAACCAGCAGAUGCUCCACAAUCAGGGUUCGGCCAACACCGUAUCCCAGAAGAUGAUGUGUUCAUACCACCAGAUUGGACUUGGCAAGAGUCUAAAUAUCUGCCAUGCAUGGAUCGCAAAUGUGUCUGUCCAUAUUUCAACGGGAAAGUUGAGAAUAAUGAAUGUGUUUUGCCAAACAAGCAAAUACUUCAAAAGGCAAAGCGAACGGAGCUUCGCAUGCUUAGUAACGAGCAGCGACGUUUAUUUGAAUAUACUGUCAACUACUUAAAAUCUAACAAUAUAUAUAACAGGCUCAGCCGAGUUCACAAAUACUCGGGUGUUCAUUCUGGACCAGCAUUUACACUGUGGCACAGAGAGUUCCUCAAAAGGGUAGAGUUGGUUAUCCGACGAUACAGUCAAGAUGCUAGUCUCGGUGUCCCAUAUUGGGAUUCGAGCUUAGAUGCACAUCUACCAGAUCCCUACGACUCCAUAAUAUUUUCAAACUUAUUCUUGGGUGAAGUAGAUGCUGAAGGCUAUGUUAUCACUGGCCCCUAUGCUAAUUGGACCACUAUGGAGGGUCGUUCUCACAUCCAACGUGCAUAUAGAGAAGAUCCGACAGGAGAGCUUUUGAACAAUGCUCGUAUAGAUUGGCUUACUAACAACGACGACAUCAAUAUGAUACUCGGAACAACCUUGCCUUUAACUACUUGCCCCAUGAAUCAUUCGCUAGACGCCAGAAUGUUGGAAUACUCUCAUGACUAUGUGCAUUUCUUCAUAAGUGGCGACAUGGCACAGUCCCACAGCUCUUCUAACGAUGUUAUAUUUAUCUUACACCACAGCAUGAUAGAUUUGAUCUUUGAGACGUGGCGACAAAAUAAACAGACGAGAGAGGAACGCCAGACUCAAUAUCCCGCCUCAGAUCCGAAAUGCUUCCCGGCUUGGCAUUUUAUUGAUAGCAAAAUGCCUCUAUUAAACCCUUUCACCAAUAAAGACGCUCUUUCCAACGGAUAUACCGAUGAAAUGUACGAAUUUGCGCCCCGCCCUAGGUGUAAUAAAAUGAAUAUGGACUGCGGAUCAGAGUAUCUCUUCUGCGGGUAUGUGGACAAAGAACCCCAAUGUAUGAGCAAAGUGAAACUAGGCGGAAGUUGUGUUGGUUACGAAGGAACCGACAUUUGCUACAGAGCUGAUUGCGUUAAAGGAAAGUGCACCAGAUCGAAAGUACGACAGGGAGGUGAUCCUCUUGAACUUAAUUUAUUUAAAAAACCUGAGAGUAAUCUCUUGAUGUAA